AUGUGCCGCCCAUACAUCCAUCAGGUGCUGGCGGGGCUGGCAACGGUGUUUGGCGGCGUGCGGCAGAACCCCUGGGCGGUGGGCAGCUGCCUCACGCAGCGGCGCUUCGUGCACCUGGUGGAGCGCACAGUGGCGGCACAGCCAUGGGUGCACGCCGUGGGGUACAUGGCCGUCAUCAACGGCUCUGACAGGGCGGCCUUUGAGCAGAAAGCGCAGUGCAAGCUGUUGGACAUUCUGGGCAAGCCGGCCCCGGAGGCGGAUUGGUACAUGAACUCGCGCGUGUGGUUCCAGGAGAACCCGCUGCUGCCGAUGCUGGAAGGGGCGUCCGUGUGCAUCAACGUGCGCACGCACCCCUCGUACGGCCCCCAGCUCUCCCACAUGCACGAGCUGGCAGCCAACCUGCUUAGCAUGCCCUACGUGCUCGACAACGGGGAGGCUGGCAUGGGCAUGGGUUUUCCAAUCUUUAAAGACGGAGUCACGACCUCCUCGCCGCUGGAGGAGAGGCGGGCGGCGCUGGUGGGGCUGAUAGCGGCGUCCAUCGACUUCAAGAGCCUCGCCGCUUUCAUCAUCAAUGAAGUGCUCCGCCAAGGUAACGUGCUGCUUAAGAGAAUAGAAUAUUUUAACUAG